AAACUGGCAUCGUUGUAAGUUUUAUGAGUGCUCUCACAAUACAGUGUUUACUACAUGGUUUAGAAAAUGUGUUCAGUUCACGUCGUCAACGCCCGUGAAAAACAGAGAGCUUAUAAUAAUUGAAACAGAAGGACGUGUGGUUGUUACCAAAGAAAUAAGCGCCCCACAGGAAGCGUUUGUGCAAAAUACCUAAGUCGUCUUGAUAAACUGAUAUUAACAGAUACUGACUAAUCGGCAUUGAUACUUGGGAGAAAAAUGUCAGCGUUAGAGUAUAACCUCGAUCAGGAUCUAGAUGUUACGAUUCGUCGACGGGGUAAUACAAGGCUUUUGAUUAUUUUAGGCGUUCUAUUGAUCGUUACGUUGACUACUGGAGCUUAUUUUAUUGGGUUUUAUGUUCGAUCUAAUGACAACGGUGAGUCAAAUAGCUCAACUCAAGAUGUGCAGCACAAUUUCCAAAAGAAUAUCCUCAAGAACGAAAUCGAGAAAAACUUGCGAUUCUUUUCACGUCGCCCACAUGCUGCAGGCUCUGCAAGGCAGUUAGAACUUGCCGAGUACAUUGCAAACCUUUGGAAAAGCUAUGGAUUCGACGAUGUCGAGUUACCGGGGUAUAAAGUCAUGCUAUCGAAACCACAAGAAGAUAAACCAAACAUAGUGGAGCUGAUUGAAAACGGAAAAGUUKUACAUGAAAUAAUUGGCAAACUCAACGUAACCGCUGGUCCAGGAGAAUCGGAGACAUUUCAGUUCAUUCCAUACGUGGCGUACUCUUCGAAUGGUACUGUAGAAGGUCAACUAGUCUAUGUCAAUGAAGGCACAAAAAAGGAUUUUAAGACCCUGAAAGCUUAUAACAUCUCCGUUGAAGGGAAGAUUGUUAUUUGUCGAAGGAUAUCUGGAAACGUUUUGGAAGCAGCCAAACAUGGAGCUAUCGGCGCACUCUUUUAUCCAGACCCUUCCACCUACAGCCAAGCUGGUCAAUCAGAUGAAGAURUGUAUCCMAACACAGUAUGGAGCUCAAGUGACUCCAUCUACGAGAAACCAGUAAGAUCAAUGUUUGGUGAUCCCUUGACGCCAGGUCUCCCGGCUCUGCCUGGCAUGUACAGACGACCUUUAAAUGAGACAAGCCUUCCCACAAUUCCAUCACAACCGAUAUCGUUUGAGGAUGCGCAGAAACUGUUGAGCAGAAUGAAUGGAAGCGAAGUACCAGAAAUUUGGCGAGGAGCCCUUAAUUUGACUUACAGGUUUGGUCCAGGAUUCACKACAUCCAACACGACAGUUCGCAUCAAAGUCCACAACAUAAUGAAAGAGAYGAAAAUUUAUAACGUCAUUGGAACUAUUCGGGGGAGGGAGGAGCCAGAUAGGAUUGUCCUCAUUGGUAACCAUAGAGACGCCUGGUUGUUUGGUGCUGUUGACCCCUCUAGUGGUACUGCAACACUCAUUGAGAUGUCACGYGUUAUUGGGAACUUACUGAAAACAGGUUGGAGGCCAAGAAGGACCAUUAUGUUUUGUAGUUGGGGAGCAGAAGAGUUUGGCCUGGUAGGUUCGGUGGAAUGGGUGGAGCAGCACUCCAAGCUGCUUAACGACCGUGCUAUUGCAUAUCUCAACACCGAUGUUGCUGUUGGCGGGAAUUUUGUCCUUGUUGUUCAGAGCUGCCCACUAUUAGUAGAUUUUAUCUUCUCUUGGGCUAAGAAAGUGCGAGAUCCUAAUGCGCAUGGCARCAAGACUUCUUUGUAUGACAUAAUGACCGAAAGGAUGCCACUAUCAAAAACAAGAAAAGGUGAACCAACUGUGCUUUCAUUCCGAUACAUGAGUGAUUACUACCCGUUCUAUAUGAAUGUAGGGGUUCCAUCGGCUGACUUUAGUUACUUUUUUGGAUACAAAAACCAAUGGCAGCUUUACCCAGUCUACCACACGCAGCAUGACACGUUCUACUGGGUGAAAAAGUUUAUCGAUCCGGAGUUUAAAUUCCACGAAGCUAUGGCUAAGUUUCAAGGGGGAAUGCUUCUUGACCUGGCAGACCUUCCACUWCUACCAUAUGGUAUACAGCGGCUGUCCGACUCGCUGAAGGAUGCRGUAAAAUCACCGGGAUUUUUAGAGUUCAAAAAACUAAACCUUCACACUGAUCAUGUCAUURAAGCUGUGAACAAAUUUGGAAAUGCAUCGAAGGAGUUCUUGGAGGCGAAGAAUAAAUUGACAGGAAAGGAAAGCGAUUUAGUGAGAAGAAUUUUCAACGAUCAGAUGGUCCAAGUAGAGAAGGCACUCCURCGURCGGACUUGUAUUCUAGGGAUCCUAUAAAUAGGCACGUCAUAAUUGGAAACAUUUUCUUAGGUGUACAUAGUGCUAAGGUAGAUGGCAAUUUGAAAGAAGCCAACAGACAGUUAUCCGCUGUUGCAGAAGCUUUUUCUUCGGCUGCAGAUGUUCUAAAACCUCUGAAGAGUUUGGGAUUCAAUAUGGCACCCUCUGUGUUUAUCCAAAUUUGGGCAGCAUUUGCUAGUCUGUUAAUUUGUUUAUUAUAGUUUAUUUUUUUACAAGCUUUUACGUUAUGUUUAUGUAAUUAUAUAGGCUGAAAUUGA